AUGUUAUUGCUCAGGUCGGCCAAGCAGAGGGCAUGUGUUACAAAUCUGAAGCGCGCGCUGGGUGCGUCAUGCGUCGUAUUGUCGUCCAGGAGCUUCUCUACAGCGCAAAGUACCCGUGAUGGGCGGCCGUUCCGGCUGGCCAUUAUCGGCUCCGGUCCAGCUGGAUUCUAUACCGCAUACAGGGCCAUGACCAAAAUCCAGAAUGCCAAGGUCGACAUGUACGAAGCAUUGCCAGUUCCUUAUGGUCUAGUGAGGUUUGGGGUAGCACCAGACCAUCCGGAAGUGAAGAACUGCCAGGAGAAGUUCGAGGAGGUGGCUUCCUCUCCCAAUUUUACAUUCAUUGGCAACGUUUCGGUCGGCACCGAGACUGAUCACCCGGACGGUGGCACAAUACCGCUGGCCAGUAUCCUCCGCCACUACAACGCCGUCGUCUUCUCGUACGGUGCUGCGAAAGAUAGGCAUCUCGGGAUCCCGGGCGAGUCUUUGCAAGGGGUCUACUCGGCCCGCGAGUUCGUAGGCUGGUACAACGGUCUCCCCGAGCAUGCCGAUCUCGCCCCUGACCUCACUCAGGGGGACGAAGCCAUCGUCAUCGGGCAGGGAAAUGUGGCAUUGGACGUCGCUAGAAUGCUGCUCGAGGAUGUCGAUGUGCUUCGGAAGUCUGACAUCGCAGAGCACGCCAUUGCGACCCUGGCUAGGAGCAAGAUUAAGAGGGUACACAUAGUUGGGCGCCGCGGUCCGAUGCAGGCAGCGUUCACCAUCAAAGAAAUCCGGGAACUCAUGCGCCUCCCUUCCGUGGCCUUCCACCCCAUCGACGCAUCCCUCAUCCCAGACGACGUCAAGUCGCUCCCUCGCGCCCCCCGCCGACUGAUGGACAUCCUGCUGAAAGGCUCCCCGACUCCCGUCUCCUCUCCCUCCGCCAAGAAGUCCUGGUCCCUCGACUUCCUCUUAACACCCACCGAAUUCCUCCCCUCCGCGACCAACCCUUCCCGCCUCGCAAGCACCCAAUUCGAACGCACAUCCCUCUCCUCCGACUUCGACCCCAAAGCCUACGCACUGCCGACCGGUGCCACCGUCCAGCUCCCGUCGUCGGUCGCCUUCCGCUCGAUCGGCUACCAAUCCGAGCCCCUUCCCGAGUUCUCCUCCCUCGGCAUCCCCUUCAACGAGCGCUGGGGCGUGAUCAGCAACGACGGGCGCGGGCGCGUGCUGCACGAGGAGCGCACGCGGGGCGCCGCCAUGGAGAUGGGCACCUUCCCCGGCCUGUACUGCGCCGGGUGGGUGAAGCGGGGGCCGACGGGGGUCAUUGCGUCGACCAUGGAAGACGCGUUCUCCACGGCCGAUGCGAUUGCGGAGGAUUGGGCACGGGCCGAGGUCAAGUUUCUCAAUGAUGACCACGCAGGGGGCAAAGAGGAAUUGGGCGGGUGGGGGGAGGUGAGGAGGGAGACUGGCGUUGACAAGGCGAGGGUGGUCGACUGGGAAGGGUGGAGGCGGAUUGACGCGGCUGAGAGGGAGAGGGGGAGGAACGUAGGCAAGGAGCGGGAGAAGUUCACGAGAACGGCGGAUAUGCUCGCUGUGCUGGGGUGA